GGUUCAAUAUUUCCGGGAGCACCAGUGUACAAUUUCACCCAGAAGUGCCCUGUCCAUUCUUCAGUUGCUAUUCAAGCCUACAAUGCAGAAUUCAGUUUUUUUCAGCUAGGUGACAUCAUGCCAGCACAUGAAAAGGAGGGGGGGUGAGGGACUCCAUUCAUUUCUUAUUCGUCUAUGAUUCAAGAGAUAGAAACCUAAGAACACGGGAUACUGCCUGAAGGAGGCACAAUAAUUAGGAGGCACAAAAAUAUAUACGAGUAUUUCAUCAAGGUGUAGCUGGACCGAUCCGCUUCCUAUCGCCUUUUCGGGGCCGCCCGUUAUGUAACGUGGCAUCGCAGCUCCCCGUCGAUGUAAAGGCGCAUCAGUUAAGCCGCACAGUUAGCGGUAACCUUAAUACGGGUCUGUAUGUGAGAGAGAGAGUGAGAGAGAGAGAGUGACAAGCAAAAGGAGAGGGAAGGGAGUCGCUUAGGGGUUGGAGUAACCUCGCCGAUCGUAGCGCAGAUCCCAGUCGCGACGUGACAGGGAUUGGUUUUGCGGGCAUCGAAAGCAAAACCUCCGCGCCUUCGUACAUACAAAGAAAUGGAGUGGAUUGCAAUUAGAUACCAAGAAGAUAGAAUGACAAUUUGAUAAUUGUGGUUUCCUUUUUUUCUUUUACCUAGAAGAGCUGAAAAACGCGAGGAUACUGUCGGUUAUUUUUCUGCAUAGAAGGCAAUUUUCCGUCAUGCCCAUGAGGGAUAUCACUUACAGCCUCUUUUAUUUCGCUAAGGAGACCUGUUUUCAAAAUAAAACUAAAUCAUACCCGUACAACAGAGGAUCGCGGAUAGGCUAAUCUAAGGUGAACAGCUCGGGUGUGUUUUUGUACUUUGGACUUAAUGACAUUGGUUUCUGGGCCAGCGCACUGCAUGGCCGCGGGACUGUAUUAGGAGGGAGAUACCCGGCUUAAACACGGAGGAGUGUGUUGAUAGGUGGGUGUGUGUGAGGCGAGAUCUUUAGUAAAACUGGUGGGGUUUAGUCUCGAGUGCUGGCACAUGUGCGUUGCUCAACAAAGUCUUGCAGGGGAUCUGGAUCCACCUGUUUUUCAUCAUCUCCAAGGCGCAGCGGCAGCAGCAGCAUGAAGAUGUGGGCGAUUUCAGCGCUCAAAGAAUCACCACACUCCCGCUGCCAUCAUUAUUAUGACUGAAAAAUUAAAUUCCCUCUAUCAAUAAACCAGUAAGAAAUUGCGAGAUCAUACAAACACGUCGAUAAACAUUUUCAGUGGUUGAAUGGUGAGCACAAGGCAGAUACAUCUAUUGUGCGAAGUGGAAUAAAAGGAUAAAGAAAACUUUCAAGGUCUAUGUAAUAAGGGCACUGGGUGAGGAUGCUGUGGGAGAUACAGGAGGAGGCUAAGUGAAAGCCUGCCUUUGGUAGCACCACCCAUCCAGUGAUGGCGCCACCCUUUGCUCUGUUCCUGCUGCUCGCCUUGGUCCAGCGCACUCUGUGCCAUGUGACGGUCACAUCGUCUCGUGACUCCGGCUUCAGUCCGCCACCAGGGUCACUUCCGUCAUCACUCGAGCCAUCCCAGCUUGCAGCGGCAUCUCCACCCUCCGUGGGCUUGGCAAGGUUGCCCACGGGGGAGCCAGCUCAAAGGUCAUCUGGGGCCGAUGUCCUCCAGCAGGGUGCUGACGAAGAGCUGGACGUACAUCAGGAAAGCAGGAGCACGGAGGAGGACCUGGGGUCUAGGAAAAGACAUCCUGAUGGUGCCUCUUCUGCAGGGCCUGAGAGGAAGCUGGCCUAUGGGGCUGGACCUGACAGGGAUAAUCUGGAUGGUCCUCCAGCCUUCAAACAGAAGCAGAUUCAAGAGGUGACUGGUGUUACAGUGGCAACACACAAGGGCACUCUGGUGGAGACUCAUGUUUCUCCAUUACCCAGUGGCCACUUGGAUAGCAGGCACAGAUGGAGUGUCGCACUCAGCACACCAGCUUCUCCGGUGUUGACCCCUAAAAGCCCCAACAGUGGUACAAACCAGGUUCGGACAAGUUCUGCUAGCAAUGCAUCACCUAGAGCCACAAAAGCCCCAAAACACAAGCAGGACAAUUCUGCAAUGGUGCAAGUCCUCACGGUAAACCCCUUCCAUAGUCCAGACCAAAGCUACCGCCCCAAACUCACAGUUGCUGCUGUGGUAGGGGAAGAACAAAUGGGAACCGGGAAGGUACUGGGGCAACCAGAGUAUAACGCUGGAGUGGAUGAUUGGCUGAUUGCUGGGUCAGGUGACCUGCCCUCAGCCAUAGGCAGGGAGGAGAGUUCCUCUGCAUCCCCUUCAGUCAAGAGUGACACGCUGGCAAACGUUCAGCCAGAAGCCCGGGCUACUGCUGGAUUUACCUCUGUGACUGAGGCGCCCACAAGUUCCACAGUCAUUCAGGUUCCACAGCUGAGGCCCACCACUGUAUCGCUGGCCAAUCCAAAGUCCCGGACAGGGUCAGCUGACCCUCAGACCACCACAUCAAUCUCAAGAGAGACUCGAAAACCACUCAUCGUGAGCAAAGUUGGGUUAGAAAAAGCUAAGUUAGUGAUGCAGACCCCCACCAGUGUCACCCUGCCGGAUCGUAAAUCUACAACUUUGAUGAGUGCAACUAAUCAAUCGACAAAGACAGUCGUCACAGAGCUGACCACCCGCACAAGUUCCACGCCCCUGUCCCCGACCGGCCAAGGGUCCGACCCAAAGGCAGGCCGCAUGCUGGAGAAGAACGUGUCCAUCCUACUCGGACACGCCCCCACACUCCUCAGCAGUCCUACCCCCUCCCCCAGCCCCCUGGACCCAUGUGUGUCGGGGCGGGGCCCCUGCCUGUCCCCGACUCCCCACAACGGCACGCUGCUGCUGUGGGCUGACCUGCAGCGCAAACUGUCCUUCGCUUGGGAGCUACACGUUUAUGGCACUGCGGUGCUAUUCCUGCUGCUGGCAGCGGGGGCGCUAGUGGGCCUGUUUCUGUCACCGGGCCUGUACUGUCCCCACCGGGGCUGCCUGGCCCUGGCCAAUGCGCUGCUGCUGCUGGCGGGCACCCUGCGGGCCGUCCUCUUUUUCCUGGACCCGUACGGCACCAGUGAGGUGCUGCCCCGCACAGGCGUCACCGCGCUCUACAACCUGCCUCUGCCGCCGCUGAUCUGGGCGCAGGCGUCGCUGGUCCUGCUGACGCUGCGGGCAGCAGGCCAGAUGGGUCUGCUGCCUCUAGGCCUGCAGCGCCCCCCACUGGCGGCGGUGCUGGCCGUGGUGCACUGUACGGUGCUGCUGGCGGCCGACCUGCUGUCGGCAGCGCUGUCCCCUGCUGUGCCAGCAGUGCUGCAGCUGCUCUCGCUCAGCUGGGGGCUGCUGUUGUGCCUGGGCUCCCUGUUCUACGCCUUCCCCCAGCUACUGCGACCUCCGGCCCCUCCCCUGGAUGAGCCUGUGGCCCGGGCGGGCUGGCAGCCGGAGGGACUGUGGUCGCUGCGCAUCUUGGGCCGGGUGAUGGUGGUGUGCACUUGCUUGGGGGCUUUGUGCUGUGGCCUGCAUGCCUACGCUACCUUCUGGCUCUACGGGUGGCUGGGCCACUGGCGCUCCUUCAGCUGGGCUUGGUGGCUCGUUCAGUUCUGGGCCCGGCUCCUGGAGCUGGCCUGGUCCGCCUUCAUGCUGCUGCUGGCCUCCUGGGUCUUCUGGAGGCCCCGGGACCGAGACGCAUGCCCAGCCAACGUGGCGGCGGGAGUAGAAGCGCCAUCUUCCUCGUGCUCGUCCUCCUCGACACAGAGGCACCCUUGCUGGGCCAAGAUUGUGCAGAGCCUCCGGGGCCGGCCCUGCAGGAAGUCCGACAGCGGGGGAGCGGGCGAGGUGCCCAACAACUGGGCGGGCCAGGAGCGGCCCGGCGCCGACAUCAGCAAGAGCCUGAUCCGCAACCGCGACCAGGCCCCCGGCUCACGCAGCGUGAAGGACAGUAACCGCGGGCGCAACCAAAAGGGCGGCACCGGCGACGGCUCCACAGGCUCCCUGCUGCGACUGCAGUCUCUGGGCCGCACGCCCCGGCGCUCCCUCAGCAGCAGCCUGGAGCGUGAGAAGGACUGGGUCCAGGAGAAGGAAUCCAUCCUGUCCCUCACCGACUUUGACCUGCGACCCCCCUCCCCCAUCGACCUGAGCCGCAGCAUCGACGAGGCUCUGCACCGCGAGCACCUGCUGCGGGGGGAGGGCUUCUUUCGGGGGCUGUCGCCCCCCUCCGCCACAUCCCCCGGCCCCCACCGUCACGCCCUGACCUCCUGGCCCCGCCGCAGCAGCGACCCCCAGGUGAAUCUAUCGCAGAGCUGCAGCCGGGAAGAACAGUCAGCGGAUGGGGGUGGUGCGACUGAAAGGCAGGCGGCCGCCCCAUCGACGCCCACGCUGCAAAGCUGCACGUCAGAGCAGGACAAGGACGCCAUCCAGAGGGUUCCCACCUCUGCGUCCUGCCCCGUCUCCUUCCGCCCCCACAGAGGACCAGGUCGACUGCGUGGCUCAGGGGGGGACGACACCAAGCCCUUCGUGACUCCAGACUCGGAGCCUGAAGGAGGGCCAGCUGGCAUGAGCCAGGGGGCCAGUAGGGGCCUGCUGGAGGUCAGCCGGCAGGACGACUCGGCCAGCAUGAGCAGCGAGAUCAUCGACCUGUGAAAUCCCCAAAGACAUCUUCGCACCGAGCGGAUCCAGCGUGGGACCAGCUGAUUGCUGGCCGGCGUACGUACUGACCGAGCAUUUUAACAGGCUGAUUUGAGACAUAAAGGUGUGUCACCCAGCGAGCUACGACAUCACAGGGAUGCUAGUCAGGGAUGAACAGUGGACAGCCAGUUGUGGGAAAUGGGGAGGGCUGCGCUGCACUGCACUACACUGAACUGCACCUAACUCUACUGCCCCGGGAUGGACUGAAGACACUUCGCAGCGUGUAACACCCUGCUGACUUUUAAGGAGUUUAAGUGUCUUUAAGUUUGGCUCGCUGCCCUGGACAGAGUGACAGGCACCAGGCCAGAGUGUGAAUGAUACGGAGGCGUGUUCACACGCCUAAACCCGACAGGACGGCGUCACGGUGGCUCAGGACCCAGACUUCUAACCUAACUGUGAAUGUCUUUGGGAGGAGACCUGGCCAAAGCAGCCACAGUACUGGAUCUGAGGAGGAUCCCUGCUCAGCAAAGAUCUGCAGGACCUGGCUGAGGUCGAAUCAUGUCAGUGUAUUACAUUGUAUUACAGGGUAAAAUGUACAUCUAUAUGCCAUUUAAGUGGACCUCCUUAAGUGAGAAUAACUAUUUAAUAACACCAACACUUGAAUAGUGGAUUUGUUUUCACCUGCAUUAUUACACAGAUCCUUGUCAUUGGCGGCUUUCAUUAUUUGCAGGGUUAGAUCUUUGUAUAUUAUGAACAUGGCUGUCUGAGGUGACUAUAUCAUGUCAGAGCCCUCUGUCUGCAAACCCCAAGACUCUUCCUCCUGAAUUUUUGGUGGUAUAGAUGUGUCAUAAGAAGUGACGUGGGAUGGUCACGAGUCACAAGUGUGCCCUUUGCACCAAAGACCCCGCUCAAUACCUACGACUGAAGGCACCUUCAAAGGGAGCACCGGGGCCCAGUAUGGUUUUGUACAAAGACCCCAGGAACAUAUAGCACUGAUGUGCCUUCAGGCGUUUGACAGUGUGACAAUCUGAGAGAAACCAAGAGAGGAUUGUCAUGGACUGAUGUAACGUAAAGCAGUCGUUAAAAUUUGCACUACCAGUUGAAACUGUGUCAUUAAAUUUUGUUAUAUGCAGUAAAAUACCACCAUGAAAAAACUGCAGUGCUCAGCGCUGAAAAGAAUAUGUACAUAAAGUGCGUGAAGAGAUCCGUUCAUCUCAUGACACAAAGCACUGCUUCUUUCAGUUUACGAUCCAUCCCAUAGGUACACGGCACGUCGUUCCGCAACACGGUUUUCUUAGAGACAAAGGCCUUAAAAGUACGGCUGCAUUUCAAUACUGAUACUGGAUCAUACUUUCCAAUGUCCACUUGAUAAUGAUCACAGUGAAUCCGUCACAUAUGCCUGCAUUCAAAGGUGGGUGUAUGUAUGUUGACAUACAUAUACAGCACAGCUCUCUCAGCUUAAAAACAUCAUAAUAUUGACAGAAAAGGGACAAUAAUGUGUAAGAUGGAAGAUACUGCUGUAGAUGUGGAUUAUUUUUUGAGAAGCCUGCGAUAUCAGUACAUCGAUGUGCUCUGGUAAUACAGCUUUAAGGAACCGUGAGGUUUUCUUGUGACGGCCUAGGAAAGUCGGGUCGUGGGACGCAUUUGAUAUAGUGAAAUUCAUCUUUCAGUUAUGAUUCUUUAGUGCAGCAUUCCCAAUCUCGACCACUUGGUACAAACUCCCCUUCCCAUCUUGCCUGCAAUGUUCGUCUGGGCCGAAGGUCCAUGUAACGUCCCAGCAGUGGGAUACUUUUGUUCGUGCAGUACUGUGAUCUUGAUUUGGUAUUCGUUUGCUCAUGCCUGGUCAAGUGCCGUUCCAGUGUUGUUUUCAGCACUAUGAUCCAUCUCACUCCGGAAUUCUCUUCUUUCCCAGUUUGAUCUUCAUGUCAGAGAUUCAUAUCAGAUUUUAAAUAAAUGUAUGAAAUUUAAAACC